AUCUGUGUGCCAAGAAGGAUUGUGGGGAAGCUACCUGCACUUUUGAUGUAGACUUUGGGGUCCUUUGCGCGUGCAAGGGUGGCUUUGAAUUCGAUAAAGUCCACAAGACGUGUGUGGAUCCGUGUGCCAAGACGGAUUGCGGGGAAGCUACCUGCAUCUUAAAUUCAGAGUCUGAAUGGCCCGAGUGUGUGUGCAAGGAUGGUCUUGUAUUCGACGAAGACCACCAGACGUGUGUGGACGCGUGUACCAAGGACGAGGAUUGUAGGGGCGAUGAUGCUGGGUGGCAUGGAGUGUGCAGCACUGAUUUCUACGGCGUUUCCACGUGCCAGUGCGGCAACGGUGGUCUUUUCAUCAAAGCCAGCAAGACGUGUGUGGACCCCUGUGACACCAUGGAUUGCGGGUCAGCAGCUUCCUGCAUGAAUGUUGGUGGCACUUCUAGAUGCGUUUGCGGAGAUGGUUCUAAAUACAACGAAACAGACAAGACGUGCUACGACCUGUGUGCCUCGGGGGAAUGUGGCGAAGCUACCUGUGGAAAGAUGUAUGAAAACUCAUUCUCUUCUGCGUGCAAGUGCAAGGAUGGUUUUGAAUUCGACUCUGAGCAUAGGACGUGUGUGG